CUAUCACAGUCAUUAGAUGAUAAAUUAAAAAACCUGAUCUAUAGACUCUUGGAUGAAAAGACCGAAGAGAACAAGAGAAACAAUACUGAAGAAAAUGAAGAUGAAUUUGGAAAUAUUGCAUUAGCUAAAGAUCUAAGAGUUGGUGAGAUCUUACUAUAUUGUCAACAAAAGGAUUUAUCUUUGCAAAGAGUGAAGAAAGUUUUAUUGGAAAAGACUUUGGAUAAAGUUUUGAAAGAUAUACGAACAGAAGAAGCUAUUGAGAUGCAAAGUUUUAAAGGUGAUGAACCUGAGGAAGAUAGUGAAUUUGAAGGUGUAAAUGUUGAUGAUUUGAUGGAUGUUAAAGAUUCAAAUACUUUUAAUAAAAGUGUUGUAAGCUUGUGGGGCACUAAGAAAGAAACUAAUGAUACCCCAAAUGAUACAGAAAAGGAAGAACCUGAAACUGAAAUCGUUGAACAAGUUGAUGGUUCAAGUAAAGAAGUGAAAAAAUCUAAAAAAAGAUCAAAAGAUUCUUCAAGACCAUCAAAAAGACAAAAAGAAAAAGAUAGAACUCCUCCAACUUCUUCAUUAUCUCAAAUGGGUGGUAUGGAUGAUGUAGUUACACAAUUGAUGGAACUUGUUGGUAUGCCAAUUUUACAUCCAGAAAUCUAUUCAACAACAGGUGUUGAACCUCCAAGAGGUGUGUUAUUACAUGGACCUCCAGGUUGUGGUAAAACCACAAUUGCCAAUGCAUUAGCCGGUGAUUUAAAAGUCCCAUUCAUAAAUAUUUCAGCACCAUCUGUUGUUAGUGGGAUGUCUGGUGAAAGUGAGAAAAAAAUUCGUGAAUUAUUUGAAGAAGCUAAAACUCUUGCCCCUUGUAUUAUAUUUUUCGAUGAAAUUGAUGCAAUUACUCCCAAGAGGGAAGGUGCUCAAAGAGAAAUGGAAAGAAGAAUAGUUGCUCAAAUGCUGACAUGUAUUGAUGAGUUAAGUAUAGACAAGACAAAUGGUGCACCGGUUAUUAUUAUUGGUGCUACUAAUAGACCAGAUUCUUUAGAUCCUGCAUUAAGAAGAGCUGGUAGAUUUGAUAGAGAAAUUUGUCUAAAUGUUCCAAAUGAAGCUUCAAGAUACCACAUAUUGAAAAAAAUGACUGCAACAUUGAAAACUGAUGGUGAAUUGAAUUUCCAAACAUUAGCUAAAAUGACACCAGGUUAUGUAGGUGCUGAUCUAAAAGCAUUAACAGCAGCAGCAGGUAUUUGUGCAAUCAAGAGAAUUUCCAAUACACUAUCUGAUGAUGAUAUUCCAGUUGAAGGUGUUGAUACUGAAAGUUUAUUGAAAAUGUCCACUAUUCAACAAUUUUUAUUAAAACAUCCAUCUCCAUUAACUUUAGAACAAUUGGCACCAUUAGCCAUCACAUAUGAAGAUUUUUUAACAGCAUUACCUACUAUUCAACCAACAGCUAAAAGGGAAGGAUUUGCCACAGUUCCAGAUGUUACAUGGGAAAGCGUUGGUGCGCUAACACAUAUUAGAAUCGAAUUGAACAUGGCUAUUGUUCAACCGAUUAGAAACCCAGGUAUAUAUGAAAAAGUUGGUAUUCAUGCCCCAGCAGGUGUAUUGAUGUGGGGGCCACCGGGUUGUGGUAAAACGUUAUUAGCCAAGGCAGUUGCUAAUGAAUCAAGAGCAAAUUUCAUAAGUAUUAAAGGUCCAGAAUUGUUGAAUAAAUAUGUUGGUGAAUCCGAAAAGGCAAUUCGUCAAGUUUUCACUAGGGCUAGAGCCUCUGUUCCCUGUGUUAUAUUCUUCGAUGAAUUGGAUGCCUUAGUGCCAAGAAGAGAUUCAUCAUUAUCUGAGAGUUCUUCAAGAGUUGUUAAUACGUUAUUAACAGAAUUGGAUGGGUUGAAUGAUCGUAAGGGGAUCUUUGUCAUUGGUGCUACAAAUAGACCAGAUAUGAUUGAUCCAGCAAUGUUGAGACCAGGUAGAUUGGAUAAAACAUUAUUUAUUGAAUUACCAAAUGCUUCAGAAAGAUUAGAAAUUUUGAAAACUGUUAUACAUGUCAACAAGACUCCACUAGAUCCAGUAAUUGAUCUUUCAGUGAUUGCACAUGAUGAAAGAUGUAGAAAUUUCUCAGGUGCUGAUUUAUCUGCAUUGAUUAGAGAAGCUGGUGUUAUUGCAUUAAAGAGAAAAUUUUUCAAAAGUGGUGGUAAUAGUCAAGUUGAUGGUGAUCAUGAUAUGAUGGUUGAUGAUGAAGAUGAAGUUGGUGAUGAAAUCAUUGUGUCUAGUGAAGAUUUUGAAAAAGCUUUGAAUAGUGUUAAGCCUAGUGUCAAUGAUAGAGAUCGUGCUAAAUAUGAUAGAUUGAACAAGAAAAUGGGGUGGUCAUUGACAUCA